UCAGCGGCAUCUCACCAAAUAAGCUUGUGCGUGGCCCAUCUAGCUAUCCUCAACAUCGACAUUACACGUCGCCUCUUAUAUAAUCCUAAAAUGAAAAGGAGACAGGUAGAUCUGCCUAGCAUCGUGAAGGAUGUAAAUGUGAUCAUGGUAGAUAUAGAAGGCACAACGACCUCCAUUAACUUCGUUAAGGAGGAACUGUUCCCAUACGUGCGUCGAGAGGUAAGGAAUUACUUACAUGACACCUGGGACACUAAUGACACCGGGGAUGAUGUACUCGCCCUCACACAACAGGUUAUGGAAGACGUGGCAGAAGGUGUAGCGGGGAGCAAGCCACUGCCUGCUGGGGGUGAGAGCGAGAGAGAGGAUCUGAUCGCCGCCCUGGUCACCAAUAUCCUGGGUAUGAUGGACGCCGACAGGAAAGUCACGCCCCUCAAAACUCUACAGGGACAUAUGUGGAGGAAAGCUUACCGCGACGGCACCAUCACUGGCCACGUGUACGAGGACGCAGUGGAGGCCCUGAAGGCGUGGAAGAAGGAGGGGAAGAAGCUCGUCGUGUACUCCUCCGGCAGCGUUCAGGCCCAGAAGCUUCUCUUUGGUUAUUCCUGCUAUGGCGACCUUCUGCAUUACUUCAGCCAGCACUUCGACACGACGGUGGGGUCUAAGGUGGAGACGGAGAGCUAUCUAAAGAUCCUCCGUCAGCUGCACUGUGGCCCCGACCAGGUGCUCUUCCUCACCGAUCUGGUUAAAGAGGCAAGAGCGGCGACAGAGGCUGGACUGAAGGUGAUAUUGUCCGUAAGGGAAGGUACGGCCGCCCUUACACCCCAAGACCGGAAGGACUUCCCCGUCAUCACCUCCUUCGGGCAGCUCCUCUCCCAUCCUGCAGAAGGUGACUCUCCCCCCGCUAAGAAGAGAGCGGGGAAGGAGAAGAAGGAGGGAGAGGAGAAAGAAGAGGAAGAUAAGGAGGGAGAGGGAAAAGAAGUGGAAGAUAAGGAGGGAGAGGAGAAAGAAGAUGGAGAUAAGGAGGGAGAGGAGAAGAAAGAGGAAGAAGAGGACGAUGAAUGAAGAUCUGAGAAGAAAGAAAGAAAGAAAGAAGAAAUGAGAAGUAAAUAUCUGGAUGGGGAAGCCGUGAGAUAGAAUAGGAGAUGAAAGAAGAGAGGGAAUUAUCGAGAAACAAGUAAGGUAUGAAAAGAUGGAAGAGACAUAGAGAGGAGCAGAGAUGAUAGGAGUUCAGUUGAGAUGAAGAGAAUUGGGGACGAGUGAGAGAGGGAGAGAAGAUAGAUAGAAAUAAACUGACUAAUAACUAUAUUCCACGCUCAAGUCCCGCCCCCCCUCUCUCUCUCUCUUGGUUCUCUCCAUCCAUUCUCUCUCUCAUAUUUUUCACCAUUUCCUCCCUCCCGUCCACCCACCCACUCC